CAGGGCUGCCUGCUACACAAAGUUAGGUGCACUGCCCGAGGGCCUUAAAGAUGCAGAGAAGUGCAUCGAGCUUGAUCCAACGUUUGCAAAGGGUUACACUAGAAAGGGUGCUGUUCAGUUCUUUAUGAAAGAAUUUGAAAAAGCCAUGGAAACUUACCAAGCGGGGUUGACGUAUGAUCCUCAAAAUCAAGAACUGCUAGAUGGUGUGAGGAGAUGUGUAGAACAAAUGAAAAAGGCAUCACAUGGCGAUCUAACUCCAGAGGAGCUCAAAGAGAGACGGGCCAAGGGAAUGCAGGACCCAGAAAUUCAGAACAUUCUAACCGAUCCAGUAAUGGGACAGGUACUAGGUGAUUUCCAGGAGAACCCAAAAGCUGCUCAGAAACAUAUGAAGAACCCCCUUGUCAUGAACAAAAUCAAGAAGCUGAUUAGUGCAGGAAUUCUUCAAGUCAAAUGA